CUCACAGUUCCUGCACGGAUCGAAUUGUUGUAACACAGACGACAGAAAGUUCCAUCAGCAUGGUUGUCUCAUGGUAUAGUUGUGGAUAUUUCUUUUAGUUAUAUUUGCGUUGAAUGCUUUUAAGAUAAUAUAUUCUCAAAGAGCGAUAUAUAUUUAUAUUUACUAUUGUCCGCGCUAACAUGCAUGUCGUAGCUCGGCAUUAUUUAUAGAAAGCUACGAAAUAACAUGUAAACAGCUGGUGAAAUUAAUUAAUGCCAGUAAUUUCGUGCUUAAUGUAAUAAUAACAGAAAAGCGGAACAUCACCUUAGUGUUUUAUUACUCAGGCUACAUAGAUAAAACCUAAAGAUGUCUGAAGUUAAGCUGAAUAAACAUGCUGAAAGUGCUCAGACUAAUGGCCAAGAAACUAAGAAGAAAAAGAAACCUGACAGAAAGACGUUCUUCUACCACACGAAACCAACUGUAAAGCAGAAAACAAAACCAAAAACUGUAAAUCCAAAAAUUAUGCCCCCCACAGAAGCUCAGGAGUAUUCCUGCAAUUGGAAGAACUUACUGCAGACGCUCACUGCAAAUCCUCAAAAGAAGGAUGAAAGGAAAAAACAGACAAAAGAUUCAAAGGAUAAAGGAAAGCAGCUUCAGAAGACACCGUCAGUUUCCAAAGACUCUCGUAAACCAGAUAAACUCUUCAAAAAACCCUCGGAGAAAGUAGAGAAAGCAGAGAAAGUUGGAGACCAACAGAAUGGAAAAGACCCCACUGGACACAAACAAUUCAAAGCAGAGAAGAGGAAAAGAAAGGAUGAAAAAGAGAAACCAGUGAACAAAAAGAACGUCAAGGAGGUGGAUAAGAAACCUGCAGAGCCUGAUAUCUGGUUUGAUGACGUGGACCCUGAUGACAUCGAGUCUGCCGUGGGGACCGAGGCUGCAGACAUCGUACGAAAGCGGAACGGAACUUUGAAGUGCAAUACAGAAGUCACGGACAAAGCGCUUGUGAAAGAGCAUGGGUUUGAGGGAUUGACGCGUGCUGUUGCCAUGGACUGUGAGAUGGUGGGGGUCGGAUUGGAUGGGCAGGAGAGCAUUCUAGCACGAGUCUCGAUCGUCAACCACUUUGGGAAAUGCAUCUAUGAUAAAUACGUCAAACCCACGGAGAAGGUUACGGACUACCGGACGGCCGUGAGCGGCAUCAGGCCAGCGGACAUUGAAAAUGGCGCGGACUUCAAGACAGUCCAGAAGGAAGUGGCUCAGAUUCUGGAAGGAAGAAUUUUAGUGGGACACGCCAUUCACAAUGACUUAAAGAUUUUGUUGUUGGGUCAUCCCAAGAAAAUGAUUAGAGACACACAGAAAUACAAACCAUUUAAGGAGAGAGUAAAGUCCUCACGUCCUGCAUUGCGGGUGUUAUCCAAAAAGAUUCUCAAUGUUGAAGUCCAGAAGGGUGAACACUCAUCCGUUCAGGACGCUCAGGCCACCAUGAGGUUGUACACUAUGGUGAAGAAGCAGUGGGAGGCGGAGCUUAAAGCAGCGCGGGCGGGUAAAUAUCAGAAGAGUCCACGAAUACCCAAAGCUCCUAAAAACCAGAGCAAAUGAACUCGGAUCAGCCAAUAAAAACUCUUUACCAUCAUCGCAAAACACAACAGACUGAAACUGUACGUUGAUCUGUGCAGCGAACUACUAUAGUGACAUGGAUUGUUCUGGAGUAACACAAUCUCUUCAGUUAUGUAGUGAUUAACUGUUUAAUUAACUGUCUCAACUGUUUAAUUGACUGUCUCUUGAUUUCAAGUCUGAACUUCUUAUUUGUGGAAUGAGACAGUCAAACUGUUCAGAUUGUCAGGUUAUAAGUGUUGACUGUACUAUCAAGCCCUUUUUAUACCAAGGAAUUUAGUAUCCUAAAUUAAAUGUCAGUUUUCUCCUAAUAAAGACCCGCCACUGGA